AUGCAGUUACAGGCGAAGAUACACGCGUAUGGGCCGAAGGACACGGAACAACCGCCUCUACAAAACGGUACGCCCGUCAUUCAAGGCACACAAGGCAAUUACGAGCGUCUCGACUCGAGUUUUCAGGUACGGCAUGACAGCUUCUUCAGUAAAGGACGAGUGUUCGCUGUUCUCUUCACCGAAGGCUUGGGUGAGACCACACCAGUGAACCCAUACAAUGUGGACGUGAACAUUACGGAGGUGAGAUUCGGCGGGCGGGUGUACACUACUAUUAGACGUUUCGUGGUUGUCCUCCCACAGAGAGGGAGCUGCUACGCUUGCCCUAUCUCCACGUACGGCAAUCGUGCAUGCGAGAAACAAGGUGUCGAUCAACAAGCUCAUGGGGUCAUCUAUACCUCACAGAAUCCAGCACCUUUGAGGCCUCGCGAAACGAAUAUCGUUAAGGGUGCGAUCAAGCUUAUUCCCUCGGACCCGAGGAUAUGGCUGUCGCCAGAUUCCCGGAUCAACUACGCGCUGUGCCACCCCAUUCAAUACAACGUCAAAGUCAAAGACCUGGGAAUGAUCCACCCGGAUCACGUCCGAUACGCGGUUAAUUACUGGAACAUGGAAAUGCAACGGGGCCAACAAUAG